UAAGAAACUUCCAUAUGGAAAGCUUUUCUAUGGGUUUGGUAAGCAUGACCAUGAUAAUUUAGUACUCCCUCUGUCUUGGCUAUACUUAGAGAGGAUUAAUGAAAUGCGGUGACAAAUAUUAGAAUCCCUUUGAACAUGGGGAUGACCGGGAAUAUCAUAGAUAACGUAAAACAAACAUAAUACUCCAAUAGACAGUAAUGUAGGAAAAGUGAGAAAAAGAGGGCAAAAUGGUAAAAGUGAUGCUGAUUGUUGACUUGUCGCGUAGGCCGUCGGUGGGGUGGCGUCCCUCCUAACCUUGGAUUUGUUUCGUUGAGAAAUCAUCGUCCACCUCCCCGCCCUCGGAGCCGAGCCACCAGAUCUCCGGAUCCAGCCAUGGCUGCCGCCGCCCCUCCCCUUCUCCCCACCACCGUCCUCCCCGCCGAAACCACGGCAACCCCAGCACCCACCUCCGUCUCCUCCGCCGACGCCAACCCGGCCGCCACGCGGGCCUUCCUCUCCCGCCUCCUCGACUCCGUCAAGCGCGCGCUCUCCGGGGCGCGCCCCUGGCCGGAGCUCGUCGACCGCACCGCCCUCUCCCGCCCGGACUCCCUCUCCGACGCCACCGCCCGCCUCCGCAAGAACCUCGCCUACUUCCGCGUCAACUACGCCGCCAUCGUCGCCCUCUCCCUCGCCGCCUACCUCCUCGCCCACCCCUUCUCCCUCGCCGCGCUCCUCGCCCUCCUCGCCGCCUGGUGCUUCCUCUAUCUGCUCCGCCCCGCCGACGCGCCCCCGCUCGCCGCGUUCGGCCGCACCUUCUCCGACAGGGAGACCCUCGGAGGCCUCAUCGUCGCCUCCACCUUCGUCGUCUUCCUCACCUCCGUCGGAUACCUCAUCUUCUCCGCGCUCACCCUCGGCGCCGCCCUCGUCUGCGCGCACGGCGCCUUCCGCGUGCCCGAGGACCUCUUCCUCGACGAGCCCGACCAGGCCAACGGCGGCGCCUCCGUCAACCUGCUCUCCUUCAUCUCCAACGCCACCGGAGGCCACGUCUGAUCAUAUCCGCAUUAAAAGGUCAUACAACCAUUUUUCUUUCUUUCUUUUAUUAUUACUUUUCCACCGGACUAUCAUGUAUUCAUAUUCAUAUGGCGAUCAA